AGUUUGCGACGGCGCGCGCGGCGAUGUGGUGCUGUCGGUGACCGCAGCGCGACAUUAGUGAUCCCUGCACACAGAGACGCCGGCGACGAUGCGGUCGUGUGUGCUGCUAGUGGCAGCGGUAGUGCUGUGGGCCGCUCUGCUGCCCGCUGUGCUCGCGUGCGACUGCUGUGAAAGAAACGCUACUCUAUCUGAGUGUGGACCGGGCUCGGAGCUGCGAUCUCGGCCCGACUGUGAUUGUUGUACUGCCUGUGCGAGGCUUCGUGAUCAGAGCUGUAACGACUCGGACCAGCCCUGUGCCGAGGGUCUGGACUGCAGCAGCGAGCGAGUCUGCACAGACCCGGAGAAGUGCCGAAGUGACGGCGACUGUCACGAGAGCCGCUUCUGCCUGGGAGGGGUGUGUACGGACCCGUGUCAGGUUCUGGACCACUGCGACGGCCUGCUGCGACACGGCGCCUGUCAGGUCCGAAACCACCGACCGGUCUGCACCUGUCCACCCACGCUGACACUCGAUGCCGAGAAGAAGGCCUGCGUCAAAGGACCCGGCUGUCAGACUGACGACGGAAAACAGCUGUCAUCAGGAGAGAAGACAGCACGGAGCAACUGCAGUGAGACGUGUCUCUGUGAGGCGAACGGCACGCUCAGCUGCACUCCAACACAGUGUCCACCCGGUUUGUAUGUAUCGGGGGCGUUCGCCGACGACCCAUCCUGUGUGGAGCUGAAGAGCUCCAAUGCUGACCCCUGCUGUGUCAGUGUCGUCUGUCCCGAUGAGCCCUCUUCUGAGGAGCAGAAAGGCGCUACCGAAGCGCCCGCCGCACCCACCACCACCGAGCCUGACCCGACGACACCGCCCGGUGCCGAGACCGCCACCGCGCCGGACGCCGCGCUGGACGUUCUUCCCCUGUCAAUUACCCACAACAGCACGCAGCUGCAGCUGCCGAGCACGGGCGGUCGUCUGACGUACCGCGCUGACGGCAGGCCGCCGGUCACCGUGAACGGCACCGAGCAGCUCGACAGGGUGACGGUGACGGGUCUACUGCCCGGCACUGGCUACGUCUUCACCUGGGUCGGGCCGGCCGGAAACAAGAAACUGCGCGUCGACACCAGGCCCGGCUGCGUGACCAACACCACGUCCUACGGGGUUGGCGAGACCUACCACAUGGGUUGCCAGUCGACCUGCGUCUGCGGCGGCCCCAACCAGCCGGCGUGUCGACCGAGGUGCUCGGUGGCACGAGGGACAGUCACCGACCCACUGUGCUCGGAGAGACCCGACCCUGCUGACCCCGAGUGCUGCGUAGAGCUGGUGUGUGCCGCCAGCAGUCCCGCAGACGAGAUCCUGGCUGAGGAACCGGAAACCACAGAGUUGCCAUCAACAACCACCAGCAGCUCAACCACCGAGUCAACCACCACCUCCGCCGAGCCUUCCACCACCACCACAGAAGACACACCAUCCUCCUCGCCAUCAACGGAGCCCUCCCUGCCCAAACCAAGCCUCAUCGUGACAGCUCGCUCUCACAGCGCCGUCACGCUCGCCUGGGACGACUUCCAACCUCCUCAAUACGCUCAGGGCUACGUGCUGCAGUACCGAAGGACAGGAGGCGAUUACCCCUGGCAGAGACGCGAGCUGCCCCCGCAGCGUGGACAGACCGUGCCGCUGGCCAAGGUGGAUGGUCUGAUGCCCGGAACGGAGUACGAAGCACGCGUCUCACUACACGCCGAUAAUGAUCCGGACGCGCUGGGUGAUUCGACUGAGACGACCCGCUUCACUACCGAUGAUGGCUGCGUGGAAGGCGAGAAGUCGUACGCUGUCGGUGAAAAAUUCAGCCGCGGCUGUGAGGAGAGCUGCACCUGCGAGCUGAAGGGCCGAGUGCAGUGCGCGCCGCGGUGUCCUCCGCCACUGUUCCGCGCCGGUCACUUUUCGGCCGACCCGCUGUGCAAGGAGACGGCACUGGACGAUUGUUGUGUGACAGCCGUCUGUGACACGGCGCCGCUCGACGAGCAUCACCAGCAAGGCGCGGACGGAGUGGACCAGUGUGAGUUCGUCCACUGCGGGCCCAACUCCCAGUGUGAGAUGAUGAAGGCAGCCUCUUCCGGUGGCGAGGCAGACUCCAUGGAGGCACGCUGCAUCUGCGCUCCCGGAUUCACGCAAUCCUGGGACAAGCCCGAUACAUGUGUGAAAGAUUCGGGCAAUGUCAUUUUGAACCGAACCGGUUGUGAGUACGAUGGCAUGCUUUACACGCCCGGAGACGAGUUCUUCAAGAGCUGCGAAUACAGAUGCCGGUGCUCGGUGAAAAAUCAGGUCGAGUGCAAGCCCCGCUGCAAGGUGGACCAGUCAACAAUGCUGGACCUGCCGGCCGGCUGUGUGCGUGUACAUGAGCCCGAGCCAAACCAGCACUGCUGCAUGGAGCUGAAAUGUGACAAUGCAACGUCAGCCGAAGAAAGCACCUCAGAGGGCCCAUUCAUGGAGGACCCCCUAGAAGGCGAGUCGAUCAGCACGCGGUUCGGCGCGGCGCGGCUGGACCCGGCCUCCUCCGACCUCAGGAUCGUCGGUCUCGACGCCGUCGACGCCGGCUCCACGUCUGUCCGAGUGGAGGUGCCCGAGGCAGUAGCUCGCGAGCUCUCCGGAUCUCUGAAGGAGGCACCCGUCACUGUCCAGUGGCGGUAUAUCGGGGACGGUGCCUGGGAGAGCCGUACCGUGCCUCACCGGCUCCUACACCUCGGUGACCGGCUGCUGACCAUGCUAGUCACGGGUUUCGGGAGGCCCGGUGAUGCCAUCCUGAAAGUCAGCCUGAACGGCGAGACGAGCGCGGAGGUGCGCGGGGCCGAUCUCCUCUCCGAGCAGGACGGCGGCAAGAUGAACGAGGAACACACAGGCGCGAACCACGAACAGCCAACGGGCCAGGAGCCAGCAGCGGAUACAGCCGAACCCAUACCAGACGAGGGCUUCGACUGCGUCUUCAACGGCACGUCUUACAAGAUCGGGGACGAGUUCCACGACGGCUGCCGCCAGUUCUGCCUGUGCACCUCCACUGGUGUCAGCUGUGCUGCCAUCGAGUGUCCGCACCACUUCGGCCUCAAGCUGAUCAACCCCGACUGUCUGGAGUGGAGUCAUCCGGAAGACUUCCACCCGACACCCCCCAACUGCUGUCCGGAGGUCACCUGUAUCGACGACGGCAGCUGCCAGUUCCGCGGAGAGACCUUCCGGAACCUGGAGAAGCUGCCCGAGAAGCUGACCGGCUGUGACGUCUGCUACUGCGAGUUCGGCAACGUCACCUGCCAGUCGUCCUGCGCGCCCGUGCCGGCCACUCCGCCGCGCGAGCUGCCCUGCUCUCCGGACCAGAUCACGCUCGGACCUGGACCCAACGGCUGCUGCAAACUCUGGCAGUGCAGCGAUGACGAGACCGCUAACAAGACGACAGGACAAACCGACACGACUGAUGUUGACUCUACGACUGGCGAUGAGUUAGACACUUCGACCUCCCCAGACAAUGUCCAAACAACCGAACCCUCUAUCGAAACGCUCACAGACAACCCUAUCCCACAUGACCUAGAACAUCUCACCCAUGACAAUGUCACUCAGACAGAGAUGCCUUCUUCUAAUGAUUCAGAGGAGCCCACCCUUGAACCAGAAACCACGCCCGAGCCUGAGCCCUCACCACCUGCUCCAGUUGAUCCAGAAGCAACGGAGAGCCUUACAUCUACUGACGACGUCGCAAAUCUGGGUGAGGCUAUUCCAAACGAAGAGACAUCUGAAGCGACUUUGCUUAAGGGUAAACUAACAACAGAAGGCACAGUUGAGCCAGCUUCGGAGAGCUCUGACGUCACAAAAGCCCAGGAGCCAGCUCAAGAGACCGAAGAGAUUCCUGUUUCUAAUAAUGAAGCUUUAGAAGAUGUGAGUACAGGAAACGAGGACACCGACGCGUCUUCUGAGCCAGGAAACCGACCCAAUAAAAUUGUGGUGAUUGAUGGAGAGCGCUACCUGGACUCCAAUGGGAAGCUGUAUCCGCUCCCUUCACUUCCAAACUUUGUUCGCCCAUCAAAUGCGCAACGACCUGUAAAACCAUUUAGGCCACAGCCAGGUCAGCAGCCUCCACGACCAGUUCCACAGAGACCUCUACCUAGCAACGAGGAGUCAAAUCCCGGCAAGCGCCCAGAUGGUAUAGGUGGCGUUCCUCCGCCAAGGCGACCGCCGGUUCCUCCCGAGGAAAGUAAUGACGAAGAAGACGAGCCAUCAGUGGUAGUCAUCGAUGGAAAACGCUUCCUUGAGAGUGGCGGAAAGCUUUUCCCACUGCCGGGAGUGCCAAGCGUCACCGAUCAGGAACAAGACCAACAGACAUCUGGUGCUCCCCAACCGGGAGCUCGUCCGAUCCAGCCAGGAAAGAACGUUCCCCCUAGCCAAGGUUUCCGGCCACCACAGGGCGGCCAUCCGGGAUCGCUAGGACUGCCAGGACAGGGACGACAUCCCGCAAUCGGUGGACAUCCUGCUGCACAAGGUGGCCGCCCAGGCCUGGGGGUGUUCCCUGACACAGGUGGGCGUCCUGGACCUGGAAGACGCCCAGUCAGGCCCAAUGGGCCCGGUGCGCGUCCGAUACUGGUCGGUCCCAACGGGGAGCGGAUCCGCCUGGGUCCCGAUGGUCGUCCCCUGCGGCCAACCGCUUCUAGCGGCCGACCGGGAAGUCCUGGACGUCGCCCCGUCUUCGUUCCACACUCUCAGGAGAGUCCUGAGAUCAUCAUCUUGCCGGACGGACGUCGCGUGCAGGUGUUCCCCGACGGCUCCACUCGCCCUCUAAGCCGACCUACGAGCAGUCAGCGUCCACAGGAGCACCUGAUUGCCAUCGGUCCAGACGGUCAACCGAUCCUGGGUCCAGAUGGUCGGCCCAUCACGAUACCCACCUCCGCUGCCAGAAGACCGAUCGGAGGCAAUCGUCCGACUCCUCUGCACCAGCAGCUACAGCAACAGAACGUCCAUCCCCUCAGACGGCCGCGUCCGCCGUCCCGUGGCGAGAGCGCUGGCGAAUCACUUGGCAACUUCUCUCCCGGAGAUAGGAUUCCAAUUGACAACCGAGGUCGACCAAUCCCGGUCGGACCGAACGGUCCCGUGCGCACACCGGUGUUCGACAUCAUCAUCGGUGACGACGGUCGGCCGAUCACAGACGACGACGGGAGAACGAUGUUGUUCCCGGUUCACGGCGGUGCUGGAGGUGGACCGUCGCCACACCGCGACCAGGAACCAGACGACGCCACUCUGCUUUUGCAACACCUGGCAACAUCGACUCCGCCACCAGAACGCGAGCAGCACCUCGGUCAGCACAAGGAGGUACCGUCUCGGCCUUCUGUGUCCGUGCCUUCCAGCGUGCACACUGAGGGACUCGGCAUCGGACAAGGUAACGACAUCGACAACCUGCGUGUCCGAGACGUGAAGCCGAACUCAGUUCAGUUUUCGUUCAGCAUCCCGCCCGCGCUGGUCGGCCUUCCCGGCCGGACAGAGGUCCUCUACACAGAUAACCCCAGCUUCGGCGCGGAGUCGACCGACUGGGACCGGCGCGUAUUCCAGACACCAUCCGGCCUGCUGGACCGCACCGACUUCGUAUGGACGCUGGGCGACCUGCGGCCAGCCACCACCUACCUCAUGCAGGCCAAGGUGGUGUUCGAGCAGGUCUCCACCAUCCUGCAGAGCAGCAUCGUCGAGUUCCGCACCCGCGAUCCCCCUGAACCCGAGGUGGCGCUGCCGCCCAAGGUGGAGCUGGACGCGGAGCUGCAGGAGCUCGAGGUGGACACGAACUCGGCUGAGAUCCAAUGGCGACGCCUCUCCGACCAGGAGCUCAACUACGUCGACGGCAUCCAGCUGCGCUACAGAGACGUCGAUGUCGACGCGCAGGUGUGGACGAUGACGCCCUUCAUCCACCGUGAGCUGACCUCGUACCGGCUGACCGACCUGAAGCCGGACACCACCUACGAGGUCGACAUCGUACUGAUGCCCUUCACCGACAAACACACCGAGAUGGUCUCCUCGCACUCCAUCCAGAUUCACACGCAGGCAGUUGUCGACCGGUACGCCUUCAACGUCUCUCUGACGAACGUGGAGCCGGGUCCCACCUCGGUGAGGGUCAACUGGACGGGAGUGCCCAAGCCGCAGUACCAGUUCGUCAACGUCUACCGCAUCGUCUACAUCUACGAGAAGGAGCGUGAGGAGAAGCACACCUUCAAACUGGCUAAGACCUCCGAGAGUCCCUCAGUGCUCAUCAAGGGGCUCAAGCCCAGCAGCAAAUACCAGGUGUGGCUGGAGGCCUACCUGAAGAACGGCAAGAAGCAGGUGUCGGAGGUACGCGAGUUCGUCACCAAGCCCGGUCCGAUCGGCAAGGCGGAGGAGAUCCGGGUGGACGCGGCAGGUUUCGGCGGCAAGCUGCAGCCAUCCGACGACUACUACGGAGGUAUGGUGGCUGCUGCCAUCAUCGCCACCAUCGCCAUCCUCCUGUGUCUGUUCCUGGCGUUCCUGCUGGUUCGGAGGCCGCCCAAACCCGCCGAGCCGACAACACCGGCCAGGAAAAACGGGCCCAGCUACGAGAACCCAGCGUUCAAGCCGACGGAGGCGACGGACUCGGCCUCCUCUGAGGGAGGGAGCACGACCAUCACCACCUGACUGACGUGAUGACAACUCCGACCUGGAUAUGAACGGAUCAAAUGGCAACGAGAGGUUCUCAUAAACACGUCUCGCGCAAGACGAGGAGACGUUCCAAAAGACCGCUUUUUAUAUAGACGAUCGGAGGUGAUGUCAAGGUGACUGGACUCUAUGUGGAGCCGCUUCACCAUCCAGUAGGAGACGUUGUAUAGUGGCGUGACUUUAUCACGCGGAGUGACCCAGCUACGCUCCGGGGUGACUUGGUCGUGCCCGGACCUCGCAGUUAGCCGUGCCACGCCCUCAGCCCGGCUGUAGCGUCCUGUGGCGUUCACUAGGAGUCCAGCCGAGCGAAGCAGCAGAUCUCUGGGACCCAAUCACGCGCACCGUGCCAAACACAGCCAGCCGUGCCUCGGCGCGGCGAGUUCGGGGCCAGGACGGAGCGGCGCCGGCCAGCCCGGAACCUCAGCUCCGUCGCGGUGAGCCCUACCGCGGGUCAGCACCUCAGUACAGUGAACCUGUGCCUUCAGCGCGAUCUGACGAGUGAUCAACGAGUGCCUGAACGUGUUGUGCAAUGCUGGUGUCUGGAUGCAUUCCUGGUGGUGCGCGUGAUGAAUGUUUAUGAUGUAUGACGUGGUUCGCUGGUGUGGUGGACGAAGGUAGUAAGUCCAAGUACUUGUAGUAGGGGUUUGCAGGUCAUGUAUUUUGAUACCGAUAAAUGUCAUUCCAUGUUGUAGAUGUGUAUGUAUGUGGCGUUUUCUGGAUGUUAACGAUAUGUUUGUGCUCGUUCGCUCUGGCAUAUAAUGCCUUUUGUAUGCCCCAUCUUCCUUGGACAUGAAGUUGACCGUGAAAGAAAUGGGUCGACCACGGACCAGUAAUAGUUCGCGCGCCUUUUGCUCCAUGACGCGGAAGGCGAAUAACCCUGCCGGCCGCGCAUCCGUUGUUGUUUUUUACGUCUGCUUUAAGCUCUCUCGCAGUGAAGGCUGAGUGUGUAUUCCGACUAGCAAAAGAGCACAUGGGUACUUACUUUUAACCUCCAUGGAAGGAACACACCAGCCGUUGUUACCUGACUUAUUAUGUGUGUGAUCAAAUACAGUGUACUGUAGAAAAAGA